AUGCGAAGUCUCCAGCAAGAGACACAACGCGAAGUCUCCAGCAAGAGACACAACGCGAAGUCUCCAGCAAGAGACCCAAUGCGAAGUCUCCAGCAAGAGACCCAAUGCGAAGUCUCCAGCAAGAGACACAACGCGAAGUCUCCAGCAAGAGACACAACGCGAAGUCUCCAGCAAGAGACACAACGCGAAGUCUCCAGCAAGAGACCCAACGCGAAGUCUCCAGCAAGAGACCCAAUGCGAAGUCUCCAGCAAGAGACACAACGCGAAGUCUCCAGCAAGAGACACAACGCGAAGUCUCCAGCAAGAGACACAACGCGAAGUCUCCAGCAAGAGACACAACGCGAAGUCUCCAGCAAGAGACACAACGCGAAGUCUCCAGCAAGAGACACAACGCGAAGUCUCCAGCAAGAGACACAACGCGAAGUCUCCAGCAAGAGACCCAACGCGAAGUCUCCAGCAAGAGACCCAACGCGAAGUCUCCAGCAAGAGACCCAACACGAAGUCUCCAGCAAGAGACCCAACGCGAAGUCUCCAGCAAGAGACCCAACGCGAAGUCUCCAGCAAGAGACACAACGCGAAGUCUCCAGCAAGAGACCCAACGCGAAGUCUCCAGCAAGAGACCCAACGCGAAGUCUCCAGCAAGAGACCCAAUGCGAAGUCUCCAGCAAGAGACCCAACGCGAAGUCUCCAGCAAGAGACCCAACGCGAAGUCUCCAGCAAGAGACCCAACGCGAAGUCUCCAGCAAGAGACCCAACACGAAGUCUCCAGCAAGAGACCCAACGCGAAGUCUCCAACAAGAGACCCAACGCGAAGUCUCCAGCAAGAGACCCAACGCGAAGUCUCCAACAAGAGACCCAACGCGAAGUCUCCAGCAAGAGACACCACGCGAAGUCUCCAACAAGAGACCCAACGCGAAUUCCUCCAGCAAGAGACACAACGCGAAGUCUCCAGCAAGAGACACAACGCGAAGUCUCCAGCAAGAGACAGAACGCGAAGUCUCCAGCAAGAGACAAGGGAAGGAAAUGGCUUCCUGUAGAAAAUUCGAUUAG